AAGUCAUGAAUCUCUGCCUUGUUCCAUCAUAAGCUAACAACUCACCUUCAGCAGCCCCCGUUUUCUGCAUGUGUUCAAGAAGACCUCUCCGGUUCCGUUCCUUUUAUCUUUUUUCUGUGCACCAAUGCAGUUGCUUUCAUCUCAUCAUUCGUUGGUAAAACCGUGUCGCCCGACUUUGUUCCCCUCUUUUUCUGCUCGGCGUGCUUUAUACCGUUUUUCUCUGGCCCUUCUCUUGGUUAUUGGUUCUCCCUUGUGGAAAAGAUGGGAACUAUUCUACACUUCCUAUCUGCUCGAUCGACUUUUCGGCCGUUCAAGGUAUCGGGAGGAUGUUUUUUGUCAUUGGCGUGUGCUUUGCCGGCCAAAAAUUGGGACCCCCGGGCUGGUAUGUGUGCCGGACAUCACCAGCGGAACUCGUUGUUUCAGUUCACGAAAGCAAGACAUUCACUUUUUGCUGGCCACCGUUUUCAUUCAGAGAGGGUGUAUGCUGCCAUGCAGAUAAUAAGAAGAAAUUCUCACGCUAGUGGGGUCGAAGGAAAAGCUUUUUUGGGUCCGCUCUUUGGAUCAAGCCAGGGCCUCCCGACAGCCAGCCCCAUAGCUCUACCACGUGAACCUGAGGAUAAAACCGUGGACGACCAUCAGGCAGAAGAGGGCAGAAGGAAAGAGAAAGAGGAUAAACCUGAGAAACAAUCUGUAAAGAAAGGAAAGCCGCACAAAAGUCCUGUCGUCGACACCGACAUCAACGCAGUCACAAAGUACAUGCUAGGCAUGGCUGAAAAGGUCUUGAGGGAAGGCGAGAACAUUACGCCUACAACAAAGCUGACAGAAUUCAGAACCCGCGACGGUCGCAUGUGGGAUGGUUUGGACACCAUCGGAUUCGUUGAAGACGUUGAGGAGCUAUUCGACGUUAUUAUUUCAGACGAGACCAUGGAUAAUUUCGAGACUCUGCAGGAAAUUGCGGACCUAGUCGUAGCCCAACGACAAAUGAGAGAGAUGACGAUAAGGGUCUUGUGUAAACAAUGAACAAACGACUAUGUUUCUGUCGUCUUGGCGUUCACGCGGGAGAUGAAUCGAAAAAAUGGCGUCGACUCUGGAAGGCCAGCGCACGUUCACCUCACCCAUCUAUCCGUCCUCUCGUUUGAAAUGACGAGAACAUCUCAUGUUGCAUGAUUUUAUGCCGAUAAAGUGAAGAAGGAAGCCAGGACAAACGAUUCCGUGUUGCAUGCUUCUGGCUCUCCGAAAAAACACUACCUCCUCCUCGGUCUUUGGCACGAGCAGCUCCUUUGGCGUGAUCAGGUCCACGUGACUGAAAUGCUAACAAAACAACUCUAGUAAAGGCACGAAGCCACU